CUAGAAAAGGAUAUAAAAUAAUAUGAUGUCAAAAAUAAUCUAGCUGUUGAAUUAUACUUUGCGUUGAGAAUGGAACAAUAGCUUUAUCGUAGCGAGAAUUUUCUCGAAUUUGAAGUGUCAUUUCUAGAUUUCGUGCUGUGUAAUUUACAGUGGAGAAUCGAACAGAAAGAAGCUCGUGCAGUGAAUAAGUGAUCAUCAUUCAUAAGUGCUUAAUAAAUUAUAAAUAAAUUAUAUUAAAUUAAUUAUGGAACAGGUGAAUCAGUUGAAGGAAAAGGGAAACGCUGCUUUAGCGUCAGGGAAUUAUGAUGAAGCGAUUCAAUGCUACACGACCGCGAUUAACUUGGACCCAAAUAACCACGUUUUGUUUAGUAAUCGGUCAGCUGCGUACGCCAAGUCCGGUAAUUAUACGGCAGCUUUAAAAGACGCCGAGCAGACAGUAGCUAUAAACCCCACGUGGAGUAAGGGUUACUCGCGGAUGGGCAGCGCCCUGGCGUUCCUGGGAAGACGGGAAGAAGCUAUCGCAGCCUACGAGAAAGGUCUAGAAUUAGAGCCUAGUAACCACCAGCUUGCCGAAAGCUUGAAGGAGGUGAAACAGCAGCCCGUUGAUAGGUUUAUGUCAGAGGCAGAGGCUUUGAAGAAGCUGGAAGAAAAUCCACAGACAAAGGAGUGGCUCAAAGAUCCUGAAUAUGUGAAAAUGGCAUUGAAAAUUGCUCAGAACCCAUUUGAUGGCUAUAACUUAAAAACAAGUGACAAGCGUGUGUUCCCAACAACAUCUGUGUUACUGGGUCUAGGCCUCAACUUCUCUCCUAUGGAUGUAGACCCGCCGGCGGAUGAGAAACCCGAAGCGCCACAACCAAAGAAGGCAGAAGAACCCCCCAAACCGAAGUACCAGGAUGUCCCAGAAAACCGCAGAUUGGCUUUAAUAGAGAAAGAUCACGGGAAUGAAUGUUAUAAGAAGCGGGACUUCGAUAAUGCCAUCUUACACUAUCAGAAAGCCGUAGAGCAUGAUUCCACAGACAUCACAUUCUACACCAACAUGGCGGCCGUGUACUUCGAACAGAAAGAUUAUGAGAAAUGCAUCAAGGAGUGUGAAAAGGCCAUAGAUAUUGGCAGGGAGAAUAGAGCAGAUUUCAAGUUAAUAGCUAAAGCUUUUACUAGAAUUGGUAAUGCAUACAAAAAGAUGGAGCAAUGGAAACUAGCUAAAACAUACUAUGAGAAAUCAAUGUCUGAGCACCGCACGCCAGAGAUCAAGUCUCUGCUGAGCGAAGUGGAGCGUCGAAUAGUAGAGGAGGAACGAAAGGCGUUCAUAGAUCCAGUGAAGGCUGAACAGGAGAAGGAGCUUGGCAAUGACUUCUUCAAAAAAGGUGACUACAGCACCGCAGUGAAACACUACACGACGGCCAUCCGACGCAACCCGGACGACCCCAAGCUAUACUCGAACCGCGCCGCAUGCUACACUAAGUUGGCCGCGUUCGACCUCGGCCUCAAGGAUUGCGAGCAGUGCUGCAAGUUGGAUCCCAAGUUCAUCAAGGGAUGGAUACGGAAGGGAAAAAUUUUGCAGGGCAUGCAGCAGCCGUCUAAAGCUCUCACGGCAUACCAGAAGGCGCUGGAGCUAGAUCCCAGCAACGCAGAAGCCUUGGAGGGUUACCGCGCCUGCUCCACACAGCUUAACUCCAACCCUGAAGAGGUCCGCAAACGCGCUAUGGCUGACCCUGAGGUGCAAUCGAUUCUCCGCGACCCCGCCAUGCGCUGCAUCCUCGAACAAAUGCAACAAGACCCGCACGCGCUGCAGGAUCACCUUAAGAACCCCGACAUAGCAGCCAAGAUUCAAAAACUCUUGGAGUCCGGUCUCAUCGCCAUACAUUAGCUUACCAAUGCUUCUAGCGUAGGUUCACCUCCAAACGUAUUGCGUUCGAUCGGAUAAAUUACCAUUAUAGUAGCAGUUUUGUGUACUGGUAACACUGUAAACGGUGGGAGAAUUUAAAAUUUUAAUAUUAAUGAACUGCCGAUCUGAGGGUAUAAAAUUCGGUCGUCACGGCCGCCACCAUGAUAUGGAGACGUUCUUAAUUUGUUUCACAAUACGCCUACUAAAUAUUUUUUUUUUCAUAUUAUAUUGAGUAUUACAAUAAUACUGUUUUACUGUGAUUUUAUUCGGGUGUUCAAAGGUGUUGCUUGUAGGCUUUUUGAACCAUUCCAACGUGUGCUUUCUCGGUAACAUGAAUUGCUAGAAACAUUUAUGCCCCUUAUACAAAUGGAUCUUGCUAUUUGCAAUUGGAUAUUUUGGAUACGCCUAAAUGAUGGAAUUAAAUAAUUAGCAUUUUUUGUAAUUAAUUCAUUAAAGAAAUAUGUGUAGGCAA